UUGAUUCGUACCUACGUACGUAGGAAUGAAUUGCAUUUGCAUGAAAUAAAUAUUAUAGUGAUAUUAAUCUCGUUUUCUUGGUAAUUCAAUAAAAUCUAAUGAGACGAUCUUUUUGUGUCCUUGCGUCGUUAUUGCACGAGCCAAAGGCGGUGAAAGUUGGAGGGAAAAUGAAAAUAAAUAACUUCAAAGAAUGGAAGUUCAAGGAGCCUCCUGUUUACGCCGAGCUACCAAUCGACGAAAACCCUGAAUACAACGUGCCAGUCGCUGUGAAAAAUGCUGUGUUUUCCAAGGUACCAACAGAACCGCUGAUUGGCCAGCUCCACCUGGUGUGUGCUUCAGACGCCUGCCUCGAGGACAUACUAGAUCUGGACCCAAUUGUGGCCGAGUCAGAAGAGUUUGUGGACUUCAUCGCUGGGAAAUAUUUACCUUCCGGCGGACUACCUGUGAGCCAUAGGUACGGAGGUUACCAGUUCGGUUACUGGGCAGACCAGCUCGGAGAUGGCAGAGCGCACACUCUUGGAGAAUACAUAAACAGUAAGGGCGAGUCCUGGCAGCCUCAACUGAAGGGAUCCGGCGAGACUCCGUAUUCCCGCUUCGGGGACGGCCGCGCGGUGCUCAGGUCCUCCAUCAGGGAGAUGCUGGCGUCAGAGGCUUGCCACUUUCUCGGCAUUCCCACAACCAGGGCCGCUGCUUUGGUGGUGAGUGAGGAACACAAAGUAUGGCGCGACAAAACCUAUAGUGGGCGAGCGAAGCAAGAAAACGCGGCUAUUGUGAUGAGAGUAGCUCCGUGUUGGUAUCGCUUGGGCUCUGUUGAGAUUCUACUGAAGAGGCAGGAGCCGCACACUAUGAAGACUUUAGUGGACCAUAUUAUAAAGCAUUACUUCCCUAAUAUCAACGUGGAAGAUGAAGAUAAAUAUGUGAAGUGGUACUCAGAUGUAGCCCACAGAAAUUUGGAUAUGGUGGCUACUUGGCAAGGUUACGGCUUCACCCACGGAGUUUUAAACACAGAUAACGUAAGCGUUCUAGGGGUGACCAUAGACUAUGGGCCGUACGGAUUUAUGGAACAUUACAAUAGCCACUACGUCCCGAACAGUUCUGACGACAUGGGACGAUAUGCUUUCAGCAAACAACCAGAGAUAUUAUUAUGGAAUUUAGAUAAAUUCGCCGAAGCACUACAGCCAAUAUUGUCUGACGACCAGAAGGCUAAAAUAGAGGGCGUUAAUAAGGCUUUAGAGAAAUACGUCACUGAUAAAGUUUUGCAAACCUACAUAAGCAAGUUGGGCUUGACGACAAUCCAAGAUGGCGACUCGUUGCUGAUAGACGAUUUGUUGAAUAUGAUGGAGCGAACCAUGGCCGAUUUCACCGCCACCUUCCGGCAACUGGCAGAGGUGCAAGCAAAUCAACUAAGCGACAAAACAAUAUUAGAAGAGAAAUGGUCCUUGAAUAAACUUCAAGAGGCGACUGGCUGGGCUGACUGGGUGAAGAGGUAUCAAGGCAGAUUGCAGGGUGAUCAAGUGACAGAACAGGACAGAGUAUCAAGAAUGUGCAAGUUGAAUCCAGUUUACGUCCCGCGAAACUGGAUAUUACAGGAGGCCAUAAAUGACGCGGAGAACAGUGAUUUUGAGAAGGUGCGUUUCUUACUGAAACUAUUCCACAAGCCUUUUGAAGUGAACGAUGAGGCGGAGAGGCGAGGGUACUCGUCCCAACCGCCCAGCUGGUCCUACGGACUUAAACUCAGUUGCUCCAGUUAAUUAGGAUACGUAAACGACGAGAAAACAUGCAUAGCGUGUCACAGGCACACAGAAAUAAUUCUGCCGCGACACGCGAGGCGGGAUUUGUGAAUGCUCGCGACAGGCACGGCGUGUUUUAGAGAAUGUGAAUCAAGAAAAUCUAUUCUGUUGCGGUGCUUUCGUUUAGUACAAUUAAUUAUUUUAUUACAAUAUUAGAUUUAUUAACUUUUAACACAAAUGGCAAUGGGCACAAAGUGCUAGUUGAUAGUCUAAGCUUAAGAUUGUAAAAUGUUGGUA